CUUCGUGAAGAGUACGUCCUAAUUGGACGAUGAGAGUUGUCGUCCUUGGAAGCGGAAAAUACAAAAUUUGUAAAAAAACAAAACUCUGAUUAAGCAUAAAAUGACGGUGCUGUCAUACUCUGUGUUUAUAAGUACUGAAUUGACAGCAGAAGUGGUAACUGUGGCCAAGAACCUUAAACAGCGCAAUCAGCAAUUAGCAAUUAAGUGUUUAUGGAUAUGCUACAGUCAAAAGCAAAAUUUUGAAGAAGCCAAGAAUGUGAAUUGGAUAGCUUUUGAUCAAUUCCUGAAAGGAACAGACAUCCAGCAAAGAAAAGAAAGUUUGGAUGGUUGUGACUUGAGACUAACGGCAGAAGGUCUUCAUAUGGUUGCUGAUAGUUUGCCUUCUUCAGGGAUUGUUGUGGAUGUAUAUCUUUGGCCACCAAAAGUCUCUGACAAAAGCGACUAUAUACUCUUCCUUGGUGCUCUUAGAAGAUUGAAAGAUUGGCACAAUGCUCAUGUUGUCGUCUUUGAACCUGAUCCUAACCCUGAUACAGAGUUCCUGCAGAAGUUUCUUUCAGCUGAUGUGUAUGUGGAUAUUGAGGGCUUUCAUGUCAAGGGAGACAACUUAAUGUGGCGAGGAAAAGUUUCAGUCUGUGAUAAAAUAGAGAACAAAGGAUUAACUGUGCCAGGUGUUAGCAUGCACAAGAUUAGUGAAGAGACACCGGAUUUACAGUUUCCUAUCAUAGAACAAAACAAGGAUGGAUGUUGCAUGGGACGUAUGUUGGAAGUUCUUGAUGAAGUCGCUCUAAGUUCAGUACCAUCAUUAAUGAAAACCCCACAUGUAUACAAACUUGGUCUGUACCAGAAGCAUCCCUACUCACAGGUACUGAUGAACUAUAUACAGGAGAAUUGUCAGACUGGUAUGUUGGCGAGGUUAGCGGUGUAUCCAGGACAGGAAGAGCAGCCAUCUUGUGGAGAGGUUGGACUGUCAACUGAAGCAUGGAAGGAAAAUAUCAUGGCUGAUAUACAGUUUGUACAAGAACCCGAGGAGGACCUUCAAGACAACUAUGAAUUUUUAUACUUCAUAAUUACCUCCCCUGAUGAACAUCAAACUCUGGAGAGUUUUGUGGCAUUUGCCUAUCUUCUGCAGCACCCUUACCAUCUAAAUGGUGAAUUAGUCAACACCAUGUAUAGCAGUUCAACUAAUCCAGUCAAGGGAGAUAAUAAUACAGAAGUUGAUUUGAGUGAUCUGCCCUUGAUGAGUUGGGAAACCUUGAGAAACGUUGAGGCUGAUAUUGUAUCAUUACAACGAACUAUGCUACACAAAUGGGCAGAAACAAAACAAGGUAGAAAUGAAGGAACAGAAGUUCAGUCAGAAGUGCUGGCUGCUAUGCUGGCUGAAAUACGAUUGAAAUAUUUCAAUAAAUUGAAGGAGAAACUGAAAGAUUGUGAAACUUUUAAGGAUAUUCCAGCAAAAUGGAGAAUAACUGUGAAGAAAGAAAUCUAUGAUGGCACAGAGAAUACGGCUGAGUGGCCAGAGAGACUUGGGUUGCAGUAUAUGGAAUCACAGAAACGUUCGUUAUCCAGGGUGCAGUCAUCAGAGAGUAUGCCAAUGUCAUCUCCUAUACAACCAUCAGAAGUAACUACAAGUAUAGAUAUACAGAGCUUCCUGAAAUUCUUCCAGCCAGAUGGUUCAGCUUCUAAUACCAAUAUGUCUCCUGUACACAGAAGGCAUCCCUGUAGAACAAAAAGUAAACUGUCAACCCCUGACACAGCAAGUCCUCAUCAACCAUCCUGGCCAGAGAGUAAAGAUAUCACAUCUCAUGAUGUGUAUUACAAUGUAGACAAAAAGGCGGAGAAGGUAAACAAACACCUUAACAAACUACAGGAAAAAUAUGUGAAGGAGGAAACAUACAGUUCUUGUCUGUCACCUGUUUGUCUGUUUCCAAGGGCAAAGAAGAAACAGCAUGUCAAACAAGAAAUGGAACUGAGGCGAUCACCAAGGAAAAAGAAUCCAAGAUCAGUGUUUGAUGAGAAUUUACCCGGAUUUAAUUCAAGUUUGAAGAAAAAGAGUGGAAGGUUGUCAGAUUCUCAUACACCAUUAGGAACUCUACAUGACAAUGAGUCACGACGUAGAUUUUCAACUCCACAGGGACUUCCGCUGCAAAAUGUCCGCAGAUUGAGCAGUUCAUUGUCUAAGGAGUUUAGCUCACAGCGUAGAAGUUCAGAUGUAGGUUUAAGCCAGGUACCAGUGCCCAAACAGUUAGAUAAGUUACGUAGACAGUCAGAUGCUGGUUCCUCCUUCACCACACCACAGGGAGAGGGAAUGAAGAAAGAAUCAAGAUCAGAGAGGCAUAAAAGGAGACUGCAGGAGAUAGUUGAUCGUGUUCUUGUGGACAAUGGUGUAUGUAAAACAGAUCCUAUCUAUAAAUCGUGUUCAUCGAGACUGUUCAGAGUCACCAAACUCUUUGUUAUGGAUUUACCAAAUUCUAGAAAUCUUAAAGAUGAAAUGCAGAAAAUUGCCGAGAGUCAAGUUAAACAGGUCAUUGAGGUUGACCGCACUCGUCAAGAAUCUACCCAUAAAGGAAAGCAUAAAAAAUAGGUGUAACAAGAAAUGAAGAGAAACACGUCAAAUGUAACAUUUUAUAAAUGAAAUAAUUGCAGUGCUUGUUGGAAGAUCAAGUACAGGCUAGAAUUUAUCUUGCAGUUAAAUAGAAUAUAAUUCUGCAGAAAAACGCAUGGAGAUCAUUGAAUGUUAAAUAUAGGUGCACUAUAUUUCAAACUUGGACUGGGAGAUAGUUGUAAUACAAGUAUAAUUAUGUAUGUCUAUUUCUUAAGCAUUGAGAACAAUUGUAAAGAUGUCAGAUUGCUGCAAUAUUUAUAUAUGUAAAUAAAGAUAUUUAUUUAAAAAUAA